AUGCGUGUCCAAACCCUUCUUACCACUGUCGCCGCUUGCGCUUCGUUGGCUUACGCCGCGCCGGUUGCCGUUGAGGCAUACGGCCCUCCCCUCAACCCUCACAUUCCGGCCGUUGAGUCCAAGAGAGAAAACACGAUCGAAGCCUAUGGUCCUCCCGUCAACCCUCAUAUCAUCUCGAAGAAAAAUGCCGUCGAGGCUUACGGCCCUCCUACCAACCCUCAUAUCAUCUCAAAGAAGGACUCAGUUGUUGAAGCUUACGGCCCUCCUCUGAACCCGCAUAUUCCCGCCGUUGAUACCAAGAGAGACGCGGUCGAAGCUUACGGUCCUCCCACGAACCCUCACAUCAUCUCCAAGAAGGAUACUGUUGUCGAUGCAUACGGCCCGCCGACAAACCCGCACAUUAUUUCCAAAGAGUAG